UCUCUGAAACCACCGCAGCUGCCUGUAUAUUCAGUAUUCACUCUGCUCCAUCGCCGCUUCUCCUUUAUUUAUUUAUUUUUUUUUUUGGCGCCAAAGCCAUGAAACUCGAUAGCACUAAUGGCGACACGAAACCUUCCGGAUCCUUCACCGAAGGCGGCGGUGCUGCUGAUGACGACGACGUGCUGGUGCCUCCGCUGAACUUCGCCGUGGUGGACAACGGCAUUUUCCGCUCUGGUUUUCCCGAACCCGCCAACUUCGGGUUCCUGAAAUCGCUCCACCUCCGUUCCGUUGUAUGUUUGUGCCCCGAGCCCUAUCCGGAACCCAAUUCAGAGUUUCUGAAGUCUCAUGGAAUUAGGCUUUUCCAAUUCGGGAUCGAUGGCUGUAAGGAACCCUUUGUCAACAUCCCAGAGGAUACUAUUCGAGAAGCUUUGAAAGUAGUCCUAGAUGUUAGAAACCACCCCGUGCUUAUUCAUUGUAAACGAGGGAAGCACCGCACUGGUUGUUUGGUAGGAUGCUUAAGAAGAUUGCAGAGAUGGUGUUUGUCAUCUGUUUUUGAUGAGUACCAAAGGUUUGCAGCAGCCAAAGCCAGAGUGUCAGACCAGAGGUUCAUAGAAUUAUUCGACAUUUCUUGUUUGAAGCACUACCCAUUAUCAUUUUCAUGCUCAAGGAAAUAGAAAUAAUGAAGCACAUUAGACGGCUGCUGAUUCCUUUCAAGGGAAAAUUUCCGUGACGAAGAGAAGUUUAGGGACCUUUUUCUGUCUUCUGUUUUUUCUUCGUUUGAAAAAUCAGAGAUGGCUGAAUUGGACUGUUACUUAAGUUUGAACUCCAUCCUUUUGGUUUUAUUUUUUUGGUACCUGUAGCAAUGGUGAAGCAUGUGUCAGCUUGUUUAGAAAAUACCCCAGUUAUAGCAAUUUAUGUAAACUUGACACCAGUGGAUUGGAUGGUUUUGUUGCUCCAUUCCCCUUAAUGGUGUUAAAAGAUAAAAA